AUGAUGGAGGGGAAUAACAGAUACAUUUCGAAGGGGUACUUGGAAGAGUUUGAAGAAAAUGACAACAAUGUCGUUUUGAUAAAAAAGAAAAUAAAUGAGUACUCUUCGAAAUUAAAUAAUGAAUUAAAAGAACAUAGAAGUCAGUCUAUAUAUUGCGGAAUAGGAGGAAUAUUAUAUAUGGACCUUUUAUUAUAUGAGUGUAAUGAAAAUAUUACAUAUUUAGAGUUGGGUUAUAAUAUAAUAAAAAGUAUACAUAAAUAUAAGGGGAAAAAUGCCAUAUCAUUUCUUGAAGGAGAUAUAGGUAUAUAUAGUUUGUCAAGUGUAGUACAUUACUAUUUAGAAAAUGAAACAAGUGUUAACAAUAAUAUAGAGUUAUUAGUUAAUCAUAUGAUAGACAAUAAGGAAGAGUUAACAUCAGUUAAUAGUGAAUGUGAAUUGUUGUAUGGGAAAUGUGGAUAUAUAUAUUCUUUUUUAUUUUGUAAAAAUAUAUGGAUGAAUUCUAAAUAUAAAAAUACGAUAUUAAUAAAUUUAUAUAGAAUUAUGAAUUCUAUAUUUGAUUAUGGCUUAUUAAAUGGCAAUACUAUGUUUCCUAUUACUUCUCUUAGUUUGUAUUUCGAAUGGCAUGAACAAAUAUAUUUAGGAGCUGCACAUGGGUAUGCUGGAAUAUUUUUUGUAUUAUUUAAACUAAUUUUAUUUUUUAGUAAUAAUUUGAAAGAUUUAUGUACAGCCAUAAUAAUACAGCAGAAUGACAAAAAAAAAUAUAUAUAUAACAAUAUAGAUGAAAAUGAAUUUGAGAAUAGUAAAAAUCAUGUGGUGGAAAAAUUAAAUGAAUAUAUACAAUUGAUAUAUAAAGUAACUGACGAAAUACUUACCCAUUAUAUAUCAAAAGAGUAUAAUAUUUAUUCAUCCAUAAAAAAGGAUAAGAACAAAAAAAAAAACGAUACGUUAAUUCAGUGGUGUCAUGGAAAUGUAGGUUUUAUAAUUCUACUAAUUGAAUUGCUAAAAUAUAAUUAUGUACCAACUUUUUUUUGUAAUAAAUAUAAUAAACAAUUUAUUGAAAGAAUGGGUUUACUCCUUUGGGAGCGUGGAUUAUUAUAUAAAGGAUUUGGGUUAUGUCAUGGCAUAUCAGGAAAUGGCAUGAUUUUUCUUUACCUAUAUAAUUAUACAAAUGAUAAGCACUGGUAUAUUAAAGCCUUAAAAUAUGCUCUUUUUUCAAUAAAAUAUUUUGACAAAUUUUAUACUGUACCCGAUAGACCUGAUUCUCUAUUUGAGGGAUAUGCAGCUUUGGUGGUUUUCCUCAUUUUCCUUUUGAAACCCCAUUUAACGUAUUUUCCAGGGUAUGACAUUCCCUCGGAUUUUCCUUCCCCCAAGGGCGUAAGCAGCCGUUGA